AUGAUGGUAUUACAACUCUUUAUCCAAAAAAAGCCCAGAGCACCCUGUCUUGUAUACUGGAGCAUAUUGAAAUAUAGUGGAACUUACUGUUUUUUCAGGACAGAUGGAAGUUUUGUGGUUCACGAUGUACCUUCAGGAUCUUAUGUAGUGGAAGUUAUAUCCCCUGCUCAUAAAUUUGAGCCUGUGCGAGUUGACAUAACUUCAAAAGGCAAAAUGAGAGCAAGAUACGUGAAUUACAUCAAACCCUCUGAAGUUGUCAGGCUGCCAUACCCUCUCCAGAUGAAAUCUUCUGGACCACCUUCAUACUUCAUAAAGAGAGAAUCUUGGGGAUGGACAGAUUUCCUCAUGAACCCUAUGGUGAUGAUGAUGGUUCUUCCGUUACUGAUAUUUGUGCUCUUGCCUAAAGUUGUCAACACCAGUGAUCCUGAUAUGAGGCGGGAAAUGGAGCAGUCAAUGAACAUGCUGAAUUCCAACCAUGAGCUGCCAGAUGUGUCCGAAUUCAUGACAAGACUUUUCUCUUCAAAAUCUUCUAGCAAGUCUGGUGGUAGCAGCAGUAAAGCAGGGAAAAGUAGUUCUGGAAAAAGGAGGUAGUUAAGUCUUCCUCCUGAGUCUGAGUUUGCACAACUGUUUGUUAUGUGGUGUCAUGUUUAUUUGUCUUGAAAGAUGAAAAAGCCACUACUGUAAACUUUAACCAGGCACAAAAUACAGUAUGUUACAACUGUGGUUUGUAGCUUCUUUUUUUUUAGUCUGUAUAAGCUGGUUUGUCCUUGACAGUAAGCAAAAGAGGACAUGGCUUCAAUACUGUAUCUGUAUAAAGUUAUUGAUGAUACUGAAUUAACAAUAUUGUUCUGUAGAGAAUUAAAUUAUGCAAUGUGUUUCACAGUAAUGAAUGUUCUAAUGUAUAAAAAACUUUCA